ACCCGUUGGAUAAGUGCCAAUAAACCCAAAGGAAGAAGAAGUUGAAAUUGGUUCCGGAGGAGCUCGGGGGUCACACAGGAGGGGAGUGAAAGCUAAACUCUAAAAUCCUUCAAAAUGCUGUUACGAGUGUUGCGUAUCGGUUCUUUGACACUGAAACACAGCAGAUCCAUCCACCACAGUUCCAUAUGCCGGACUCCACUCAUACCCAUUGUGGUGGAGCAGACGGGGAGAGGAGAACGAGCAUAUGACAUCUACUCUCGCCUCCUGAGAGAGAGAAUUAUAUGUGUAAUGGGUCCUAUCGAUGACUCCAUAGCCAGUCUGGUUAUAGCCCAGCUGCUCUUCCUACAGUCAGAAAGCAACAACAAGCCCAUCCACAUGUACAUCAACAGUCCUGGUGGUGUGGUGACAGCAGGACUGGCCAUUUAUGACACUAUGCAGUACAUUCUGAAUCCCAUCUCCACCUGGUGUGUUGGCCAAGCGGCAAGCAUGGGCAGCUUGCUCCUGGCAGCAGGAACGACAGGCAUGAGGCAUUCACUGCCCAAUGCCCGCAUCAUGGUUCACCAGCCUUCAGGAGGGGCCAGAGGUCAGGCCACUGACAUUGCUAUCCAGGCUGAAGAGAUCCUGAAGCUGAAAAGACAGAUCAACAACAUCUACGCCAAACACACAGGCCAGUUGCUGGAGACCAUUGAAAGUGUGAUGGAAAGGGAUCGCUACAUGAGUCCCAUGGAAGCACAGGACUUUGGCCUCAUCGACCGGGUCUUGGUCCACCCACCACAGGCAGGGCAGGAUGAGCCAGAGCUGGUGCAGAAAGAGCCAGCGGCGGCAGCAGCAGCAGCAAGCCCCUCGCCCCAGCCAGAGUCCACAGAUCCUGAGAAGGCCUCCCCUGGGACAAAUCCACCCUCCUCAUACAAACCAGAGCCAUGAACGCACCACAGCAGAGCUGUCUGCUAGCUACAAGAUCAUCUUCAGGAGUCAAGAGAGCAAGAUCCAGCCUCCCCGUGUUUCUCCUCCACUCAGUAGUAGCUUACACAUGAGCAGGACCCAAGCCAGCCUCAUGUACAGUCAUCACAGUAACGUCUUUUUAUGAUGGUGCUGUCCUUUUUUCUUUUUUACGUAAUUUCUGUGAAAGAAAUCUUCAAAGAAGUGAUAUUAAAACGUAGUUGGUUUUUAUAAUUUAUACCACAGGAAGGAAAGCAGUGUUUCCUCUGGGUGGGCUUUGGUCCUUUCUCUCUGAUGGCUGAGCUGUACUGUACAUGAGCUUGUUUAGGGGGAAAGCUUAUUAAGAGUACAGAGCCAUCUUUUUCUCUCUCCUGGCUGAUGUCCACUCGAGACCGGAAAAAACCUGAUUUGAUGACCUGAUGCUUAAUAUUUGUAAUAAAUAUGAUCAGUUAAUCAUGA